AAUUAUUCAUUUAUUUAUUUUAAAUCAAGGCGAAGUUCUUCAUUGUGUUUAACGAGCUUCCACAGUGUGAUCACUUGUCCUGUCUGUAAACAGGUGCAGGACAGAGAUAUAAAUCGGACCAAAGGCUACACCUUAAGGUAUGGCCCGGAUUUGAUUUGGACGGUGCUGGUGAUGGCAGAAGGGACUUGCACUGGCGAAAUGCCCUCCUUUGACCUCAGUCCUAGUUUUGAAGCAAAAAAGAGACCUAAUUCUUCUGAUGGCAGAGACGAGCCCAUGAGAAAAAUGCCUGUGUCAAAAUUUGGUUCAAGACCUCGGUUUGAGCCUGUACACUUUGUCAGUGGUGGAAGCAGUGGAGGAAGUGGUGCUGAUGAGAAGGAGAACGAUAAGGAGCGCAGGAGGAGUGAGUCGUUCGGUAUGAGACAGAGGGACUCUGAACACUCCUCCUACAGCAGCGCCAGCAGACCGCAGGGCGGUACCUCCUCCCUGAGGCCGGCUUUUGACAGAGUCCCGUCGUACAGUUCUGACUCUUGGGGUUCCCACAGAGAUAGAGACCGAGACACUUUUUCAGGUAGUACAAGUGGGCUGGGUUAUGGAGGACGUGGGUCCACCGCAAACUUCAUGGCAAAAACACAGCAGGACUACUCAGCCAAGUAUGAAGCCCACGGCACUCGAAAUUCAGAUUCCUAUUCUCAGCAGCAGAGAUAUAAUGGAUAUGGGGGAGGGAGCAGACCAGCAGGCCGGGAUUCGGGACGUCAGGGUUUGGGGUACAGUCAUCAGGACCGGCCGUCAUCAAGCAGGCCAUUCUGCAGAGUCUACAACAGCCCGGGCAGGAGCAGCCCCACCACUUCACAGCUGGGCUCAUCGUCACAGCCUGUUCCUGUUGCUCAGUCAACGCUGGAUGAGAAGCAAAGGCUGAUUGCCAGUGUAGCGUCUGCGUUGGCUGUUGCUUUCAGGGACCCUAUGUUCAUGACAGGAAGUGAGUCACCAAACUAUAAUUUCAUGUUGAGCCGCAGCAUUCAGGCCUGCAAGACUAAUCCUGAGUAUAUAUAUGUCAACCUGAAGGAUAUACCUCAGGCUGACCUACCGAAGAACAGGAAAGUUCCAACAGAUGGUUACGCCUGUGAACUGAGAUGUCAGGGAGUGUAUCUCGCCACAGGAUACUCUGGUAGUAAAAAUGGGGCGAGGGACCGGGCCUCUGAGCAAGCUGUAAAACUCUUCCUGAAACCAGUCGAGGUUCGUGUGGUGCAGCGUAAAUACAGACACUCAAUUGUCAAUGACAUAGUCGUGUGCCAGAUGCACAGCCCGACCCCGCCCUUUUUACCUGCACUUCGCAACCCAGAGGAUAAACCAACACCCAGCUCUAAGGGCCAAUACGAGCCGGACAGACGGAAGCACUGGACAGAGUUUGUGGUCAUGGACAAUGCUCACGAUGCCAUCUGCAUACUCAACAACUCUGCAGCGUUUAAUCGCAUGAAGAUAGACUAUAAGUUUGACAUGCUCCCCAACAGCAGCGCUUGGCUGUGCAGUGUUUUCCUGCAGGAUGAGCUGGUGGCACAAGCGACCGGCACUAAAAAGAGCUCGAAGCAUGCAGCGGCGGAAGAGGCGGUGAGGAAACUUCGCAUGAACCAGGCGCAGCGACAACAGCAGCAGCAGCAACAACAGCAGCAGCAAGAACAAGAACAACACCAGCAGCAGCAGCAACAAUCACAGUACUCCAGAGGAAACAAUCAGUCAGAUUACGGUGGACGCUUUGGGCAACAGGUCGUAAAAAAGAAGCAUCUGAGCGAGCUGGUCAUCCUGGAAAACUCUGACAAUGCAAUCUGCAUCAUCAAUGACACCGCUCAGUUCAACAAAGUGACUGCUGAUUACAAGUUCACGGUCCUGCCCGAUCAUCGCUGGAGGUGUGAAGUUUACUUAGAAGGACAGUAUGUGGCAGCAGGAAUUGGGCCUAAAAAAAUAGUGAAGCACAUUGCAGCAGAGGAAGCGCUAGCCACCUUGAGACAAACGCAGGCCGUGGUCAAAUCCAACCUAAGGAAGGAGGGUCACAACGAUGCCAUAUCCCGAUCCCAGAUCCUGGCUCGCUCCGGUGAGGAGGCAACAAGGCAGGAGAUCAAGGAAGACAACAUAGGAAACCAGCUGCUCCGCAAGAUGGGCUGGAAAGGAGGUGGUCUGGGCCGAGACGGGGAAGGCAUCGCAGAACCAAUCAGAGUGAAGGAGCAGUUCUCCAGAGAGGGGUUGGGUAUGGACAUGGACAAAACAGGAAACCAGCUCAGCAAGCGUGACAUCGAGGACAUCAUACGUAACUACGCCAGUUCAGACCGCCAGGAUGAUCUCCGCUUCUCCACUGACCUCACCAACGAUGAGCGCAAGCAGAUCCACCAGAUAUCUCAGAAAUACGGCCUCCGGAGCAAGUCGUACGGACAGGGGCGGCAGCGCUUCCUCGUUGUCAGUCGCAAAGUGCACAAAGACCAGCUGAUUGGUCAGCUUCUACAGGAAGGACAGGUGGGACGAUACGAGCUCGUGAAACCUCAGGCCUCUCACUAAUUUGCAUGCAGAGCAAAAUGACAAAAAAAAAGACAAAAAUCUUCAUCGGUUUGGACAUCAGAACAAAUCACACUCAAGCGUGUUUAUACUUGUGUGUAACAGAUUUACAACAGGCAUUAUUAAAGGGGAAUCCUUCAGAUAUCA